UGCUCGAAAUCUCGCCAGUUCCGAUUUGUACAGGGCCCGUAGCACAACCCAGUACAACUACCGAACCCGGCGCUUUUCUCCUCACCGUGAAACUCCACACACCGACACAGACAAUAUGAGGGAGUGCAUUUCUAUCCACGUUGGCCAGGCCGGAGUCCAGAUCGGCAAUGCAUGCUGGGAGCUGUAUUGUCUGGAGCACUCCAUCCAUCCUAACGGACAGAUGGAGCACCAGAAGAUGGUCAUGGCCAAUGGGGACGAGUCUUUCAACACCUUCUUUAGUGAGACAAGCGCCGGGAAGCACGUGCCACGUGCAGUUUACGUCGACCUUGAACCUAGUGUCGUCGAUGAGGUACGAAUGGGCGCGUAUCGCCAACUGUUCCACCCUGAACAGCUGAUCAGCGGCAAGGAGGACGCUGCCAACAAUUACGCCCGUGGCCACUACACCGUGGGCAAAGAGAUUGUCGACCUAGUUCUGGAUAGAAUUAGGAAAAUGGCGGACCAAUGUACAGGAUUACAGGGAUUCCUCGUCUUCCACAGCUUUGGAGGCGGAACCGGAAGUGGAUUCUCUUCCUUGCUCAUGGAGAGACUGUCAGUGGAUUAUGGGAAGAAAUCUAAGCUGGAGUUUGCCGUGUAUCCAGCUCCUCAGAUCUCAACUGCCGUGGUGGAACCCUACAACUCCAUCCUGACCACCCACACCACCCUGGAACACUCCGACUGCGCCUUCAUGGUCGACAACGAGGCCAUCUACGACAUCUGCAGGCGUAACCUUGACAUUGAGCGUCCGAGCUACACCAAUCUGAACCGUCUGAUUGGUCAGAUCGUCAGCUCCAUCACCGCCUCGCUCCGGUUCGACGGCGCCCUGAAUGUGGAUCUGACUGAGUUCCAGACCAACUUGGUGCCCUACCCGAGGAUUCACUUCCCUCUUGUAACAUACGCCCCUAUUGUGUCGGCCGAAAAGGCCUUCCACGAGCAGAUGUCGGUUUCCGAGAUCACUAACGCAUGCUUCGAGCCUUGCAACCAGAUGGUCAAGUGUGACCCCCGCCACGGCAAGUACAUGGCCUGCUGCAUGUUGUACCGAGGUGAUGUCGUCCCCAAAGACGUCAACGCAGCCAUCGCUACCAUCAAAACCAAGAGGACUAUCCAGUUUGUCGACUGGUGCCCCACUGGUUUCAAGGUCGGCAUCAACUACCAGCCUCCUACGGUAGUCCCAGGAGGUGACCUUGCUCAAGUUCAGAGAGCCGUUUGCAUGCUGAGCAACACCACCGCCAUUGCCGAGGCCUGGGCCAGACUGGAUCACAAGUUUGAUCUCAUGUACGCCAAGAGAGCUUUCGUCCACUGGUACGUCGGAGAAGGAAUGGAGGAGGGUGAGUUCUCGGAGGCUCGGGAGGAUCUCGCGGCACUCGAGAAAGAUUAUGAAGAAGUUGGUCUCGAGUCUGUCGAGGAGAACCCGGAUGAAGAGGAGGGUGAGGAAUAUUAGACACCUCUGCCCACGGCCGGAAGUGACAGUUCCGGAAGCGGAAGUAAAUGCCCAAUGCUCAAACCUCAGAAGCCUUCAACACGACCUUGUGCAAUGCGCUGCCUAUGCAAUUCGUCAUCAUUUUACAUAAAUAUGAUUUUUACAACAUGUAGAUAUAUUCGUGCAAAACCAAUUUACACUUUUUCAAAAUGAUUUUACACUUUCUAAUAUUGUAACUGGGGCCAAAUGAACCAGUUGAUAUUUAUUUUAAUUUAUAUGCAUUUAUUCUAUUUUAUCAUUAUGCGCGUCAUGCGUCCAUAUACAUUGUAUUGUCCUAUCUUCGUUUUAUGCUGUUCCAGUUUAUGUUCAAUACACAUCUAAAAAUUAACAAAAUUUAACCAAGAUAAUUUCUUUAGCAUGGCAUAUCAAGUACACGCUGUUUGUUGGAAACAAUUGUGUUCAUUCAAACUAAACAGAAUGAAGAAUGAUUGGCUAUACACUGUGCUUGUAUUUAUUGUGGCGUGGCCUAUAACCUCAAAUAUGUUUUACACGACCUUGACCCUCCGAUCCAGUUCGUCUGGUACUUCUCUCUGAACCCAUCAUUUCAACACGGUUUGGAAAUUUAUGUCAAUAUUCUUGUGACAAAAGAAACACGUUUUAUGAAAUUUUAUUUUUGAAAUUACUCAAUAUCUGUGAUGCACGUGGCCUUUGCUACAGUAAAUUCAUGAGUAUGUUUAACGGUCAUCCUCUGUAGACGCGUGGAUACGAGUUAUAAAAAAAUAAACACUUUGCAAUAUG